GCCUCAUCCCAUCUGUGCCAGCACUCUCAAUUUCCCAGUUUCUCAAAAGUGUAAUAAAAAAGUUCUGAGAAAGUGUCUUUAAUCUGAGAGGUUAACUGCGUCUUAUUCCACAGGCUAAGUGUUUCCCUGCAUUUUCUACUUUUCACAGUUAUAAAUAAAUUCUAUUAUCAAAGUACGUACAUGUCACCAUAUACAGUACAACCCAGAGAUGCAUCUUCCUGUGGGCCAGCAUCUUCAACAAGUCUAUAGAACAGUAACUAUAAUAGAAUCAGUGAACGGCCUAGCAAUUUAAAGUAACCAACCCUCCUCCACCUCUGAUCCUCCGAUGAGGACUGGCUCAUGGACCUUCUCCUAAAGUCUCAAAUCAGCUCCUUGGUCUUGCUGACUAAUGCAUAUUUUCACUAAUCAUAAGCAACAGCACAAAACCAGAUUGCUGUCUUUUCAUUUAUGACCACGAGUCUGCAACCAGGAGUAAUUAACCGCUCCUUUCUACAGAUCUGUCUGGCCAGCAUUUUAUGGCUUUGUAAGAGAUUCCGAUUAAUUUGUCACAUCCACCGAAGUGCAAUGGCAUACUUUGCACGCAUGUAACCGUGUACUGCACUUUGAUCAUUUCUACUAUUAGUUGUGAAAGAAACGCUUCGGUUUAUUUUCUGUUGACUGACCACGCCAGACUGCAGAUGCCAGAACCUGGAGCAACACGCACAACGCUAGAGGUCGGGCCGCAUCCAGGAAAUGGCCCGUUGACAUCUUAGGUUUGGGUCAGUGAUAUCUGGGCGAGCUCUUCUUGCCUUGCGAAGGUUUGUCCGCAGACGCCGAGCGCCGUCAUCCCGGGGGCGGCGCCGCGCCACGGGUUCGAUCGGCGGCGAGGCCUGGCGACGUCCCCCUGCGCCUCGCCGGGCCGGGCCGGGCCGGGCCCAUAGCAACAGUGCUCGCUCCCCGCGUCCGUCGCCUGGGUGAUGAGAGCCGGGCAAUGGUCCCCAACCUCUGCCUCUUCCUCUCUCUGCUGGCGGCUGCCCUCCCCGCCGGCUGCGGGGACAAGUUCAAUGCGACCAGACCGCCCGUGGUGCUGGUUCCAGGUGACCUGGGAAACCAGCUGGAGGCCAAGCUGAACAAGCCUAGCGUAGUUCACUACCUGUGUGCAAAAAAAACCGAAGAUUACUUCACUCUGUGGCUGAACCUUGAGCUGCUUCUGCCCCUUGUCAUUGACUGCUGGAUCGACAAUAUGAGGCUUGUUUACAACACAACAACAAAAACAACAGAAACCCCACCUGGAGUUGAUGUGAGAAUUCCCGGAUUUGGGAAAACCUACCCGAUGGAAUUCCUGGAUCCCAGCAAAAGAGCUGUGGGGAUUUAUUUCUAUACUCUGGUGAAGUACAUGGUAGAUUGGGGCUACCUCAGAGAUGAAGAUGUCCGUGGUGCUCCAUAUGACUGGCGACGAGCACCCAAUGAAAAUGCUCAGUUUUUCAAGGAUCUGCAGGCAAUGAUUGAAUCCAUGUACAAGCAAUAUGGUAGUCCUGUCAUUCUGAUUGCGCACAGUAUGGGAAACCUGUACACACUCUAUUUCUUGAACCAUCUGCCACAGGAGUGGAAAGACAAGUACAUUAAAUCCUACAUCGCACUGGGGGCUCCUUGGGGAGGUGUGUCGAAGACUUUGCGAGUUCUGGCUACAGGAGACAAUGAUCGAAUUCCAGUCAUCAGCCCACUGAAGAUCCGUGAACAGCAGCGGACUGCAGUGUCCACCAACUGGCUUCUCCCUUACAACAACACCUGGUCAAUGGACAAAAUAUUCAUCACCACGCCCACGUACAAUUACACUAUGAAAGACUAUCAGAAAUUCUACCAGGACAUCAACUUUAAAGAAGGCUGGUUUAUUCGGCAAGACACUGAAGCACUGGUGUACAAUUUGACUGCCCCUGGAGUUACAAUUUAUUGCCUGUAUGGAACUGGAAUACCAACACCCGAGUCCUUCAACUAUGAUGUCUUCCCUGAUCAGGAGCCCAAAGUCAUCAAUGGGGAAGGUGACGGAACAGUCAACCUGCUGAGUGCUCUGAAGUGCAAGGAAUGGGUGGGAAAGCAGGAAGGCAAAGUCUAUAUGAAAGAACUGCCAGGAAAUGAACAUGUAGACAUGCUGUCCAACCUUUCUACAAUUUCCUACAUCAAAAGGGUCCUAUUUAAUUUGCCUCUACUAUGAACUUACACUGACCGUGCUGGAAGUCAGAGGAUGCUUUUAUUUUGCUGAAUUUUGACAGUUUUGUAAUGAGUUGAGGCACUCCAUUGACUGAAUUCAGAUGUUGUGGUUCUGUGUCGUUGCUCUCGGCCCUCACUGAUGUAAAGCAAUCAACUACUUUGUCUAGAGAGGGAGCUGCAGUUAUUACGUGAAGUCUUCACUCCUGAUGGUGCUUAGGCCGCAACUAAUUUCUGGAAUCGGUUGUUCAUUAUAAUGGAGUAUUGAGAUGGAUGAUAGAGGUAAAGUGUAGAGAGGGGUUAUUGUAUAUGAUGCGAUCUGGCCAUAAAAUAGAAAUAUGAAGAAUUUAAAAAGUACACAUAACCAAAUCCCUGCAACCUUUAAAUGGAACAGUAAAUAUGUAACUGCUCCUCAGUUUCAUGAAAGUGGGUUCAAAUGCAGGUCAAAAGAGUGUGCAUUAAUUCUGCAACACUGUAAGAUCUAAACUGACAAAUCUCUGCUUCCUCAUGGGCCUAAGUUCACUGAUUCGUUAACUCCAUCCUGCAAAAAAUGCAGAAUGGGCAACCGAAGUGUUACGUUGAUGUACUUCUGCGAAACUGGAAUUGAAGUACUUUGGUAAGGAAAUGUAGGGUAGGAGAACUUUAAUAUGGCAAUUGAUGAUAUAUUGAAGUAUGCUUCUUUACAUUUAAUCUUAUCCAUCUAGCAAUAUUAAUUCUUUAUAAUUUUAUUAUACAACUUUUUUGAAAACCUCUUCCAUAUCUUUACCUCUUAACUUGUUUGACAAAUUAUGCUAAACAUUAAGAAUGAAACUUCCUCAUUUCAAACACACUUUCUGGCAGUUUAAAAAAAUAUCGUCUCCAACCUUGAGUUGAUGCCAAUCAAAAUGAAAGGGUAAAUAAACGUUCCUAAGUCCUAUGAUUUGAGUUCAAUUCCAGAAAUAUCUCUUUUAAAAUGUUAAAUUACCUUUUGCCAUUAGCUUCCGUGGUUAUGGCUGUUUGUCUUUAAGUUUUCCAGCCAAAAUGUAUAGCGAAAUUAUGUAGUACCUUUACUAGAUACGGUAUAUUAAAUCUGUUGUUCUGUGCCUUUUUCACUGUAUUGAAGUAAACCUGUGUGAUUGCCAGUGAUAACAGUUAAAAUAUUUGGAUCUAGAUAUUUAGACUUUGCACAAAGAAUUUUGAUUUGGGUGUGAAAGGGCACAGUUUCUGGUUUAACACCAAUGAAUUGGCUUGUACUUGUAAAAAGGGAAUGAAUGUUAGUAACAUUAAGUGUGUGGCACUUUGUCAGUUUGAAGUUAGGGGACAAGGUCAUAGGUUAUUGAUUACUCGAUUAUCGUUUGGCCAGGUGAAUCACCAAAGCUCGUUUCCUUAGCUCUGCCCCUACCACAACUAAAGAAGUGUUCAUGUAGGAGGAGAACUGACACUUUUGCCAAGUCUGGGGCUAAUAUCCUGGCUUUAGAUCCUCCAAUAAUCUAUAAAUAUUUGUAAACAAAUAGAUCUGUAGUAGAACAGGUACUUGGGAUACAGUAAGAUCUAGUUCUUGCAGGGCAGGGAAGAGCCAUGUUCAGUAUACAUUUAUAGAAGUUUCCAGACAAUUCAAAGCCUAGAUAAGUAUUAGCAAUUAAAAUUUGGUAUAAAUGUUGGAUGUUAACUGUUUCGUAUGUAGAAUUCAAUACUGUAGAAUAUUUUAAAAUUUAGGAUAUUAAAUAUAGUGGAAAAUUCAAAUAUUUAGUUGAUGCAUAUGACCAGUGAUACCUUUAUGGACAUAUUUUCUUAAGGCAGUUAUAUUUUUGAUACGGGCCACUUUAUUCAUGACAGCAAAGUCCGAGUGUAGUCAUGAGGCAGGUUAUUGUGGAGAUGUGAACUAUUUCCACAAGCUCUGCUUUCUAGACUACUUAUUCUGGUUGGGUUGUGAUUGCUGAUAACUGGUAGGGAAACUAACAAUUUUUCUAUUUCUGGUGGGGGGGGAAUGGGGGAAGAAAGGUUCAGCAAUUGAGCAACCCUAUUGUACCUGCUGCUUUUGAAGGCCGUGCCAAAAGAGGUGUGGAAAAUGCCCACUGUUGUGGAUGAAGGCUCAGCUUUCCCAUGCCCUCAUCCAGCCCUUGGCAUCGGUGUUGGGCGCGAUGAUGUGGAGAGGGAAAUCUAAUAUUCACCACAAGGAAGUGAAACGUUGAAGUUAGUAUUAGAUCACAGUUGUAUAUUUCAAGCUGUCAUCUGUGCCUCUGUAGUUCUCAUACCCAAUUCCUGUUGCCGGUAAUACUCGAACCACUGCUUCUGUUUCUACUAGAAUGUUAUAUUUUUCACUGGAAAAUAAAUAAAUUACAUCUGGAAAGCUGGUG